AUGCGGCGACUAUCGCCUGUACAGGCCCUGGAGCCGCCUCGGGCCAGUAGCGUCACAGUUACAACUCCAAGGCCCCACCGUCACUUUAUCCUCAAGGGUCGACAAACUUGGACCUCAACUACAUCAUCGAACAACGCCAAUUCAACUCUAGCCUCGCUUUUCCUCCAUCCUAAUUUGCCGCGAUACUCUACGACCAGCUGUAUGCUCGCUACAUCUCCGUCGAUAGCAACGACAACAGCAUCUUCUCGCCUUCGCAGACUCAGCAUCUCAGGCGCCAUGGCUUCGGCCUUCAGCGCAUAUCAUGGGCCUGCAGCCACCGCGUCGCAACACACCAUCACAGCUCUGGGGCGAUGGUCCGUUCUGAACAACUCAUUACCAGCCGUCGACAAGAUCAAAUCCUUGCACGUCUACGAUUUUGACAAUACUCUAUUCAAGACCCCUCUACCGAAUCCCCAACUCUGGAACGGGCCCACGAUUGGGACACUAUCGAAUCAGGAAACGUUUGUCAAUGGCGGCUGGUGGCAUGACAGUCGCAUCCUCGCGGCGACAGGGGAAGGCAUCGACAUCGAGGAAAAGCGUGCCUGGGAUGGCUGGUGGAACGACAAAAUCGUGGAUCUUGUCAAGCUGAGCAUGAAGCAGAAGGACGCCCUCUGCGUUCUACUAACGGGUCGUUCGGAACGCGGGUUCGCUGAUUUGAUUAAGAAGAUGGUGACGGCCAAAGGACUCGAAUUCGAUAUGAUUGGUCUCAAACCCGCCGUGAGCCCCUCGAACCAGAAGUUUCAAAGUACGAUGCACUUCAAGCAACUCUUUCUCGGGGCCCUGAUGGAGACAUACAAGCAAGCAGAAGAGAUCCGCGUGUAUGAGGAUCGACCAAAACACACCAAAGGCUUCCGCGACUUCUUCGCCGAGUUCAACCGCCAACAAAAUAUAACCCCAACACGCGGCCCUCUUACAGCUGAAGUGAUCCAGGUGGCAGAUUGCGCGACGACUCUAGAUCCCGUGAUCGAGGUCGCCGAGAUUCAGCACAUGAUAAACAUCCACAACGAGAUGGUCUUGAAGCAAUCCCCGCGAGGGCGCCAGAAUCGACUCAGGAUUAAGAAGACUGUGUACUUCACUGGCUACAUGAUUGGACCCGAGGACACCAAGAAGCUCAUCAAGCUCGCACAUAUACCACCAAACAUGCCCCAGCAUGAGCUGAAGUACCACGGCAACAACAUUCUCAUCUGCCCCCGGCCGUGUCCAGCUAGUAUCCUGGAAAAGGUCGGCGGCAUGGGCAGUAAGAUGAAGUGGGAGGUAGUGGGCACAGCUUGUUUUGAGAAUAAUAUUUGGGCGGCACAGCUUCGACCUACCCCCCAACACGCCAAGUUCCAUACCGACAACCCCAGUCCGCUCGUCGUGCUAGCAUUGAGGAAAGGCAUCAAACCCAUGGACGCAGGGAAGAUUCAGAACUGGCAACCCCUGCCGCCGGAAAGGUCUUUUGUUUUCGAAACUGUGGUUGGUGAGAAGGUCAUUCUACGCAUCGAGCCAGAGGAUCCAAGGGAAGACGAGUACGAGAGUUUGUUUGCCAACAAAACAUCUAAACGGAAGCAUAAUGGCGAUGAGGGCUGGAACCAGAGAAACCCACAUGGCCACUACAGCGGACGCAACGAGUCCCGAGGCUAUCAUUCAGGUGGCCGAGCGGGUCGAGGUCGGGGUAACCGUGGCGGUCGUAGUAAUGCCAGAGGCGGCCGUGGCGGUCGUAGUAGAGGAGGAGGCUACAACUAUAGGUCUCUCGACGAUGUUGAGCCAAAGAACCAGCAGGGCAGCUACGGGCCACAGAUGGAUUAUGAUGACGCCUACCCGCCACUCAGCAAAUCCAACAACCCUCCCGUAUCAGCGCCCAGCGGUCCCAGCCAAGGCCGGCAACCGCCUCGAGGUCCAGCACCAUCACAAGGACGACCUAUGGGCGCCCAAGCAGCCACUAACAACUCGGAUCUUCAGCAUUACUAUUAG